UGACAACCAUACUGCAAACCGUCACUGGGUGGCAGUAAUGAAUCUCACGGUGUUUGGAUGUACGUCAAGUCUAACGAGUCAGUCAAAACGAACCCGGAUGUGCCGCGAAAUUUGAAACAAAAGUUCAGAGUUUGCGUUCUGUAAACACCGGAGGGACAUUGAGCAUGAAUCCUUCAGAGCGUUUCUUUGCAAAGCUUCGGAAACUGACUGUUUAUCUGGAGACUGAAAGCAACAAUCUCCUGCAUACAAGUCAGAACCUCAAAGACGACGAUGAGGAUGAAGAGAAUGGGGCUCAAGCACUGUACCAGCUGCACUCUGAAGUCAGAGCACUGAAGCGGCAAGUUCAAGAUCAGGUUGCUACACAUGAUACAACAAGUACUGAGCUGAGGAGCUUCAUCAGAAGAUGCUUGGUGCUGAAGCAGAGGACCACAGAAGACAUAGACAGGCUGAAGAAACACUAUGAGAAGUAUGGCUACAGACCACGAAAAGCAAGACAGGGGUAUACAGAGAUGAAUGGUACAAAAGAGACAGAGGAGCAAGCAGAGAAAGAUGCAGAAAAGUCAGAUGCCGUCCAGGAAGAUGAAGAAAUGAGACAAGGGGUUUGUGAAGAGGCUCAGCAGUCAGAGACACCUGAAAAGAUGGCACCACCCAUCGACCAGCUGCGGACACCAAAGCUCUCUGAUUUUGGUCUGUCUGCACUUCAGUUCCAAAGAGUGCUUGGUGAAGCAGAGCAGCCUCUCAGUGCCGCUCCUGUCCCAGCUGUGGCUCUGUCACCACCACCGUUUGUCAUGAACAUGCAUCCACCGCAGCCAAAGACACCCAAGUGCUCCCUGCGUAUGGAGGAGGAUGCUCCGACCCCAAGACUAGAGGACUUUGGCAUCUCUGAGUAUACCAUGUGCUGGAACAAUGAUUUUACCAUGGAUUUGUUCAACAAGAAACCACCAAAGUCCUGCAGUGAAAGAACAGAGAAUGGUCAGAAACCCCCUCAUGUUUUCUCCACUCUGACUUCUGUGCUUAACAAAGGUGUUGCCAAUGAGAGUCUAGAAUCCCCAGAGCCUCCUGUGUUUUGCACCCCAGGAUUUAAGAUUGAGAAGCACCGGAUGCCGUCCUCUCCACCACUGAAAGGAAAGAAUGAUCUCGAUUCACCUCCUCGCCCUAAUAACUGUCCUUCUACCCCAGAGCUUCCUGCAUUUGAGACACCAUUUGUCAGCAAGCUAAUAAAAAAGGACGACAGGCCGGAAGAAAGCGAGAGGCACAGGGGAUCACAGGAGGACAGUUUUCGCCUACCAGAUCCCUCAAACACUAAAAGAGCCCCUUCAUUUGAUGCUCCAGAGAUGCCAAAAGUGCUACGUUAUGAGGAUGAGGCCAUGCCCGAGAUGCCGACCCUGCAGUCCCUUUUUGGGAGUUCUCUUGCUUUUAAAAAUGCAUCUGGUGAAAGUCUCUCUGCGAUGAAGUUGGGGGCAGGAAAUGUGUUAGAGCUGAAGCAGACCCCUGUCCCAAUGCCUGAAGAUGGCUUCAAUCAGGAUUGGUGCCUUGCGACUCCAAAAGUCAGAGUGAAGUUCCCUACAGAGCCAUGCACACCAGAGAUGCCAGAUAUAAGUUCAGUCACUCAGGAUAUCUUAAAACUUGUGGCUCAGUGCAAAUCUUAAGCGCUCACCAUUGGAUCUAUGCUGCAGACCUCAAAGCCCAGCUUUCAAAAAGUGCCACCAAGAGGAGAACAGCAGAUUGCAGUCAUAACACCAUGACUCUAUUGACUUAUUUUUUGAUAAGUACAAAACACUUCUAAGGAGUUUUUUUUGAAGAAUUAUACUUAAUAAAGAGAAUUUAAUAAAAAUGAA